GUAUUGCAUAGCGUUCGUAGUAUCGCUGUAGUAUCGCGUAUCCUUGUUUUCUGACGUUAAACAAAAAGAACCUUGAUAAUUUCGACGAAAUUAGAAGACUGAAUAAUCAGAUAUAUUGAUUAUUUGCAGAACACUGAAUAAAUAAGAAGAAAAAAAUGGAACAGGACUUAAAAACUAAAAUCGACCAAGCUUGUCGAACUGCCGAGGAAUUUACAAGAUUGUAUUAUGAGACUCUAGACAAAAGGAGAUAUUUGAUCUCAAAACUGUACAUGGAUUCUGCAUCUCUGAUAUGGAACGGAAAUGGAGUAGUAGGCAAAGAGAAUAUUAAAAAGUUCUGGACAGAUCUGCCAUCUUCCGAACAUACCAUUACUGCUCUUGACGCUCAGCCAAUUACAGGUCCAGAAGUAGCCAACCAGUUAACAUUUCUAGUCAAAGUCAGCGGGCAUGUAAAGUACGAAGAAAAAAGUACCAAGUUGCUUAGUCAAACUUUCCUUAUCGCUGCUAUGGGUGAUAAGUGGAAAAUUGUGAGCGACUGUUUCCGAGUACAAGAAUUAUUAAAUAAUACUACAAAUUAGCGAUAACGUAGAUAACUAGUCAACCGUUUUACAUUGUAAUAAAGUUUAUAAAAUUUUUACUGUAAAUACAGUGUAUUGAGUAAAUAUUUUUUUAUAAAACCAACAAUAUAUG